GUCCAACAUGGCGGUGUCCAUGCUCGGGUUCUGCUGUUGUGUUUCGCGACACGCGUCCUGUAGCCUCCUGAGACGAGCGCGUCUCUUCCUCACACCCGGGUCUAAAUUUCACCGCUCCGCCGCUGCGUCCAGCGGACUGCUCCUCUCGCUGCACAAGCGCGGUGUUCUGAAGGAUUCUUUCCCAGAAAACGCAGCACAGGACCAGCUUCCCCGGCUGCUCCAGUCCGCUCCUCAGACUGUAUACUGCGGCUUCGACCCCACGGCCGACAGCCUCCAUGUGGGCAACCUGCUCGCCAUUAUCGGCCUGCUGCACUUCCGGGGCGCCGGGCACAACGUCGUCGCGCUGCUCGGAGGGGCCACGGCGCAAAUCGGGGACCCGAGCGGGAAAACGAGCGAGCGCGAGCGGCUGUCCGCGGAUGUAGUGGAGGAGAACACCCGCGGCAUCCGGGAGAGCAUUCAGAGGAUUUUCAUCAACCACGAGGCGCUUUUCCACGACCGCUCGAGGCCUCUGGGCACGGUGAACGUGCUGAACAACCGGAGCUGGUAUAAGAGCCGGGGGGUGGUGGACUUUCUGUCGGAGACCGGCAGGCACUUCCGGAUGGGGACCAUGCUCAGCCGCCACAGCGUGCAGUCCCGGCUGAGGAGCGCAGACGGUAUGAGCCUGACAGAGUUCACCUACCAGGUGUUCCAAGCUUAUGACUUCUACCACCUCCACCAAAUAUACGGCUGCAGGAUUCAGCUCGGAGGCACCGACCAGCUGGGCAAUUUGAUGUCCGGACAUGAGUACAUUCACAAAGUAAAGGGUGAGGAGGUGUAUGGCCUGACCAUCCCGCUGGUGACCAGCACCACCGGUGACAAGCUGGGGAAAACCGCCGGCAACGCGGUGUGGCUCAACAGAGACAAGACGUCCCCCUUCCAGCUCUACCAGUUCUUCCUCCGACAGCCAGAUGCCAGCGUGGAGCGAUACUUGAAGCUGUUUACCUUUUUGCCCCUGGGGGAGGUGGAGACGCUGAUGGAGCAGCAGAGGGAGGAUCCGAGCAAACGCCUCGCCCACAAACGACUGGCUGCAGAGGUGACCAAACUGGUGCACGGAAAGGAGGGCCUCGAGAGCGCCAAGAGAUGUACCAAUGCGUUGUAUCACAGCAGCAUUCAGGCGCUGGCGCAAAUGAGUGACGAGGAGCUUCAGGAACUCUUCAGGGAGGCUCCUUUCCAAGAAAUGCUUUUGGAGCCGGGGACCACGGUGCUAGACGCCUGCCGUAAGGCCAGCGCCAUCCCUGAUGGGCCUAAGGGGUAUCGGAUGAUUUCAGAAGGAGCCGUAUGGAUCAACCACAAAAGGGAAGACAAACCGGAGCAGGUCCUCAUCCCCAACAUCCACAUACUGUCUAAUGGACUCACCCUGCUCAGAGUGGGCAAGAAAAACUUUCACAUCGUCAAGUGGCUCAGCCUCUGAGGCUGCCCCAUUGACUUACAGGGAAGGUAGGAGGAAAAACUUGAGAAGAGUCUGUUGGAGAUGUUGAUGGACUGAUAAAUGGCUGGUCAUUUAGUGUUAUAUAUACGUGUAUAUGUAGAUGUGCUGUUUAUCUAAAGAUUUGCUAUUAAAACAACAUUUGGUAAAGAGAUCUUUUUCUGUUGACUUACCUCUGCAGCAGACUUUUGGGGCAGUGAACACUAGGGGGCGACAUUGCCUGUGUGGCCUUCCACAGAGAACCUAAUGGGCCGUUUAUCCUCCUGUAACCUUUCAAGUAAACAGCUGCUCACCGCUAAACUAAAUUGCAUCAUUUCUCCCAAAAAGCUUACGGUCCUAUUUUAAGCAAAUUAUUGUUUUUAAAAAUUGUUUAAUUAUGGUGCAUUUGUUUUGUUGCAGUUUAAUUUUUUUUUCUUCUUCUUUUUACUUCUGUAGAGUGUAGCACAACUUACACACAUUGGGAGACAACAAUCUCACGUUGGGGGGGAAAAGACGGUUUAUGAUGCAGUUUGAGUUAAAAAAUAGGUUUUACUUAAAUACUGUUUAUGUAAGGUUUGUUUUUGUUUUUUUUCCUGUCCAAUAUUGUUGUUUAAGAAGAAAUUCUUGCUUUUCUGCAAA